AAAAUGAUGCAAACCUUGAUCCCUAAGCAAAGAAUAAAUUAAAAAAAAUAAAAAUAAAUAUAAAAAUAAAAAAAAUCGAAGUUCCAGCACAUACAAAGUCACAUAGUAGUAGUCUCCUCCCACAGUCCCACUGCCUCGGCCACCUCUUCACCAGCUUUUGAAACCGCGUAUAGUCGAAAUUUCCAAAAAACCCCUGACCUUUCCCUACUUUAAAGCGCACCCCCCAUGCCCGUCCCCGUCCCCAUUGACGAGGAAAACGGGUACUUUUUUUUAAUAAGGGCUCUUCCUCGCCGUUAAUGGCGACGCGGUGGUUUCGGAAGCUCCAGCAUUCGAAGGAGGGACGACGCGGGCCCAGGAGCUGGAAACCGAGCUUCUUCUCCUCCUUCUCGCCCUCGUGGAAGUGGACGCGCUUGAGCUUCCGCUUCUCCCUCGUCGACGACGUCCUCUUCCGCAUCCUCUCCGUCGUCGAAGCCGUGGUCCUCGUUCUCGCCCUCUCCUGCUUCUUCCUCUGCUGCGGAUGCCAAUUUUGACGGUUUUGGUGCGCACUUUCUAGUAAAAAUGGGAUUUUUAUUUUGUCCUCAUGCGGCGUGCUUUGGGAUAAUAAAGGCGGGUUAGGGUUUGGGGGGUUUUGUUUAGAGGGGGGGUGUGUGUGUGUGAAGGAGCAA